AUGACUUUCUCCGCCUAUUUAUUUUCGUACGACCCUGGGCGACUAGUAGAGCGUGGUUGGUGGUGCGUGCGACUUCAAGGGUUUAAGAAAAUGAUAACCACUGGCUGGAUUAACGCAUCUCGUAGUUGCUUGGUCCUCGCACGUACCAAAUGGUUGAUGGUCAACCUUCGCGAGAUUAGAACACCGUCCGCUGUGAUCGUCCCGAAAGACAUCAGAGGGGUGCAAAAAAACGAUAAGGACUUGAGAACUGUCGACUCAAUCGUCUGA